CAGGAGGAGCCCGCGGGAGAGGAACCCCGAGCACCCCGCGCCGCAGCCGCCGCAGCCCGUGCGCCCUGCGCCCCACGCGCCAUGGCCAAGGAAGGCGUGGAGAAGGCGGAGGAGACGGAGCAAAUGAUCGAGAAGGAGCCAAGCAAGGAGCCUGCGGAGGGCGGCGGCGGCGGCGAUGGCUCUCAUCGCCUCGGGGAUGCUCAGGAGAUGCGCGCUGUGGUGCUGGCCGGCUUCGGGGGGCUCAACAAGCUCCGGCUCUCCAGGAAGGCCAUGCCCGAGCCGCAGGACGGCGAGCUCAAGAUCCGCGUCAAAGCCUGUGGUUUGAACUUCAUUGACUUGAUGGUGCGACAAGGGAAUAUUGACAACCCUCCCAAGACUCCCCUGGUGCCCGGAUUCGAGUGUUCUGGGAUCGUUGAAGCUCUGGGAGACAGCGUGAAGGGAUACGAGAUUGGGGACCGUGUCAUGGCCUUUGUCAAUUACAACGCCUGGGCUGAAGUAGUCUGCACGCCAGUGGAGUUUGUCUACAAGAUCCCAGAUGACAUGAGCUUCUCUGAGGCCGCCGCGUUCCCCAUGAACUUCGUCACAGCAUACAUGAUGCUCUUUGAAGUUGCCAACCUGCGGGAGGGGAUGUCUGUGCUUGUGCAUUCGGCUGGUGGUGGAGUGGGUCAAGCUGUGGCUCAGCUGUGUUCCACCGUACCCAAUGUGACUGUCUUUGGAACGGCAUCUACUUUCAAGCAUGAAGCAAUCAAAGACUCCGUGACCCACCUCUUUGAUCGAAAUGCAGACUACGUGCAAGAAGUCAAAAGAAUCUCCGCUGAAGGUGUGGACAUCGUCUUGGAUUGCCUGUGCGGGGACAACACUGGGAAAGGCCUCAGCCUUCUCAAACCCCUGGGAACCUACAUUUUAUAUGGUUCGUCCAACAUGGUAACUGGAGAGACCAAGAGCUUCUUCAGCUUUGCUAAAUCAUGGUGGCAGGUGGAGAAAGUGAACCCCAUCAAGCUGUAUGAAGAGAACAAAGUCAUCGCGGGGUUCUCCCUCUUACACCUGCUCUUCAAACAGGGCCGAGCAGGCCUUGUUCGAGGCGUGGUGGACAGACUCAUAGGCCUGUACAACCAGAAGAAGAUCAAGCCAGUGGUGGACUCCUUGUGGGCCCUGGAGGAGGUGAAGGAGGCCAUGCAGCGGAUCCACGACCGAGGGAACAUCGGAAAAUUAAUUCUGGAUGUGGAAAAGACCCCGACUCCACUGAUGGCCAACGACAGCACAGAGACCAGCGAGGCAGGGGAAGAGGAGGAGGACCACGAGGGCGACAGUGAGAACAAGGAGCGAAUGCCCUUUAUCCAGUAGCCCAGGACCAGACAGGAGGAUGUGAAGGACGGUUUGGAAGAAGAGGACCCGCUGCGAAUCUCUUCUCCGCCCCAGUGAACACAUGCUGUAGUCCCUGCGUGUUGUGUUCGUCUGCAGUCAGCUGAGCUAAGAAGCUGUUGAUCACUGUUGUUUUUUGGAAUUAAGUGCCAAGCCCAUUCCAUGCAGUAUUAUGUCCCUUCCCGAUCUGUGUAUCACACUCUCCCCUUUCCCCGGAAUCCAAACCAUCCAUCUUCAGGUCCUUCUUGAUGGUUCUAGAAUAGCCUUGCCAAUAGCCCACAGGCCCGACACCUAAGAGACUAGAUGUGGGCAAGGAUGACGAGAAGACAAGUUUGGACUGAAAGGUAUUGUCAGAGAGCUGUCCAGGUCCUAGCACUCUUCGGGCCAAUGAUACUCUUUGCCACUGGCCACCCAUGUCUCUGACCAGAGCACUCGCCAAUUUGGCCGUGGGGGAAAGAAGGUAGGCCAGGAGAGAUCGUCAUGAGCCUAUGAAUUUAAAAACUCUCCAAACAGUACUUUUUCCUCUCUUCCCUUUAAGAGGAAAACUUCCUGACAUCCAUCCACUGUCUUAAGGCCAUAGGUCCAAGCCACUCUCCUCUAACCUUCUGUCACUGGAUCUUUUCGUUAGUUCUCAUUCAUAAACACAGGGAGGCUGGUCUGAAUUUUUCAGGGUAGAAAAAUGGGUCAUCUUCUUGUACUUGAAGACCAGCCACAGAGAUUUCUUCUUUGAGGCCACAUCUCAUGAGACAAAAUGUAUAUGGCUGUGGGGAGGCUUUAAGAAAACUCACCAUGUGUAGGACUCAUUCAAAUGUCACUGAGAUUCGACCGUGUUUGCAUACUCGCCAUCAGCAUUACCAACUUUUCUAUUUUCCAUUCCUGGUAGCAAGCCACCACCCUCCCCCAAGAAAGAGCUCCCUUGUAGACCAUGUUUGAAAAACUCUUCUGUCUUGCCAAAGCACGUUCCAACAAGUGACAACUCUAGGGAUGCAAAAGGUGGCUGUUCACUAUAUGCUGCCAGAUGUGCAGUUUCCUCCCCUCCAACACAACAGGGCCAUGGUGCCAUCCUGCAGGGCCCUGCUCCUCAGGAACCAGGGACCAAACUGCUUGAUUGUAUACCCUGUCCAGCUGCCAGCUCCUCAGCUCCUAAGAAACUCCACCCACUACCUGCCCAUUUGACUGGGCUUGAGAGGUGAACACACGUACCCGGGAAGCGGCCUCCCCAUUCCCUUCUCCCAGGCCCAAUGAUUCAUCUGUCACUCACAAACCAUGCUAGAAACACAAGGAGCCCAGGCAACUAGCUUUUGCUCUGUGGAAGACCUAAGGGGGUUCCCACAUGCCCAGUUCUUCCACCAACAAGCUUGACAGUGGACCCACCUCUUCCCCCAGUGACAGGAAUGGGUGCAUUUCAACAGCUACCUGCUUAGUUUCCAGAGUUUCUUUGUAACACACGUCACCUCACUCAUCGCGUUCUGUUUUUCCUAAGCUUGUGAUGACUUAUUUAUGCCAAAUAUUGACCUGAAAAGGGUCUCUCCUUGUGGUGAAUGCAUGUCAACUAUGAAGACAGGAAAGGGGGUGGCCAUCUGAUAAGUCAGGGGACGAGAGUGUCCUGAGAGGCGACACUCAUGUCAUCUUCUCUUCCUAUCCCAGGACUCAGCAGUUGUCCAGUCUGGGGCCAUCCUGAGAACGGGUGUUUACCUCUCUUAACUGGACACUAUACUACGGUCAUGUUUCUCCCGUAACCAGGCUGAAAGGGGCUUCUAAGGGACCACUGUCCAAGUGAGAUUCCCAGGAAUCAGGGCAGAAAUGGCAUCUUCUAGGGCUGGAAGAGCUGGCCCUGAGAGGGCUAUCCUCCUCCGGGGGGAGGGAACCUGACCUCCAGGCGUCCUUUGUUAUGUCCAAAAGAGAAGCAUGAACGUCAUCCUUCCCACAUCUGUUCUUUCAGCCAGUGAAGUCAAUCCAGCCUCCCUGUCGAACCCAUUGGUUAAAACCCUCUCCUCUCGGGAUACGGAGGGAGGAAGCUGGAGUUUGACCGACCGUGUCAGUUUCUGCUGUGAAGAAUCGGGGGACAUUUGAUGGUUCCAUGGACUCUCAUUUUAAGCACCUCCUCCCCCGUGUCCUGGUUGUUUUUCUGAAGGAAGAGUGAAGAAGGUCUCGGUUUGCCUUAGAGGAACCCCGAAGGCUUCUCUUAAGUGAAGCGUGGUUGGAGCGAACAGAAGCAUCGUCUAAUGUGUUUGUGGCUUUAGAGCUUUUGUUAUCUUGUGCCUACAAAGCAAAUUAUGUUUACAUAAAAAUACAAAUAAAGUAUUCAGCAUAGCAUAA